AUGGGCAGCUUGAACUCGAAGAAGAAACAGUCAUCGUCCUCGACCAAUAAUCGUGCUGGUAAUGGAGCUAAAGGGAAUGGUAUUCGUGCACAGAUCACAUCCAAAGACAAGGCGACCCUUGAUCUAAAAAACGCACGUGAUCGACUCAAGAAGUAUCAGACACGACUCGAUAUCGAAGCAAAUCAGCUUUAUGAGAGUGCUAAAAAGUUGCUACAGGCUGGAAAAAGGGACCGUGCAAAACUUGCGUUAAAGCUAAAGAAAUACAAGGAACAACAAAUGCAUCAGGCGGAUGAACAUUUGAUUCAAGUAUUGGGAAUGUUGGAUACAAUGGAAUGGGAGACACAGCAAUUGCAAGUGUUUGAAGGAUUAAAGGCUGGAAAUUCGAUCUUGAAUGCCAUUCACAAGGAAAUGACAGUGGAGGCAGUCGAAGAACUGAUGCUUGAGACAGAAGAAGCGCAGGCGACGGCAAAUGAAAUUAGCAGGAUUAUAGGUGGCAGUUUGACUGUCGAGGACGAAGACGCCGUGCUCAGUGAGCUUGCUGAGAUUGAGAAACUAGAAGCUGAUGCCAUUGCAAUUGCAAUGCCCGAGGCUCCUGCUACAAUGCUUGAAAUAGCGGACAUUGCAGCAUCAUCAAGUGAAAAAGGCACAACUUCGAAGACUCGUGCUGUUAAAAAGUACGACAAGGACGCCGUCCCUAUUUUAGGGUAA